AUGUAUGAAUCAAGACUGAACAUUAGAAAAAAGCCACUACCUACAUCCAGUCAAAGCAGCAACGUCUCUAAUUCUACGACUGAUUCCUAUGCAAUGAUUAGCAAGAGCCAGCUCAGUGAAGAUAACAUUACAAGCAGCCGUAGCAGAGCACUUCAAUACCAAGCAUCUUUGAAAAAAUUGAACUACACCACACGGCCCAGCAAAAGUGAAACCACAGGCGCAGGCAGCAAGAGCAACAAAUCAAAGCCUUUUACAAAUUCAACACCAUCAACAGCACGCAAACAGCCGCUCAUAAGACAAACUGUAGUAGAAAAAAAAGAAGAUGACGAGCAAAGACCAGACAGUGAUGCUGAAGAGGAAGAUGAUGACCUAACAUUUAGUAAACUGAAAUCUACAUUUAUGGACGUGGUGGAUAGUUCAUCCACCUCAAUUGAAUCCAAAGAUGAUUUCAUUGAUACAAUUAAAAGUCAAAUGGACACACAAACAAUCCGCAUAAGACGAUUGGAAAGAGCACUCAAAGAAAAGGACGACCAAUUGAUAAAAGGAGACAACGAAAACACGGUUUCUUUGCUACUAGCACGAUAUCCGCAUGCCAUGGACCUGUUUCAAAAGAAGAUUGAGCAAGAUCAUUACGAUCAUCAAAUAGCCAUUUGCAUUGAUCAAUUCGAGGAUCAGAAAGCACGUAUGCUGGAAGAAUAUCAGAGGAACUUUGACAUUCUCAAAAUGAAAUAUCGAAGUCGGUUUGAUGAUAUUGUGGAGCGCAUGAUCAGUGAUCCCUCGAGAUUGGACGAUGAGUGGGCAAGACGUGUUCAAAAGGAUGCAGAUGACCGUGUGGAAGAGUUUAAACGGAAAAUGAUGGGCAGCAGUAAUAGCCAUAGUAAUAGAAAAGUCUACAAUCAUCAAUAA